AUGUACGGCGCCGAGGGGGUUGGUGGGCUGGCAGCGGGGGUGGGAGCACCCUUGGUGGUGGUGAUGGUGGCGGUAGUGGAGGCAUUGAGCUCAGUGGAGGAGGGGGCUUGGGCCGCUUGGGACGCAGCGGGGGCGAUGCCAGUCCUGGUGAUGGUGAAAAUAUAUCACGAAGUGGAGAAGAUGGCAAAGGUGGCCGUGGUGGUGGUGGUAAAGAAGGUGGACGACGCGGUGGGAAUGGUGGCGGCCGUGGAGGUUUUGGGGGCUUCGGUGGUGACGGGGGCGGAGAAGGUGGAACCAGCGGUGGAAACGGUGGCGUGGAGGGUUUCUGAGCGAUCGUUGCAUUGGUUGCUGCUGCCAAGAAAUCAGCAGUUAUGGGCGGGGUUGGGGGUGGUCGAGGCGGGCGGGGAGGUGGAGGUGGCGGGCUGGGUGAUUCAAUUACGCCAGGAGGGUUGGGUGGUCGAGGGAUUCCCAAGGAGUCCGCUAUUUGUUGCUUGA